AUGAAGCCAUUCCGCCUGACCCUCGGCAACAAUGCCACACUAAGCGGCAUCCACAACAUCCCGCCGCCGUCUCACUCGGCGGGGCCGAAGCACCGGCCGCUCCUCGUGGGGCUGCACGGCGGCAGCUACAGCAGCUCGUACUUCGACGCCGACGCGCGCCACACGGCCGCACUCCCCAGCGACGCGCUCGGCGUGCCCUUUGUCGCCGUCGACCGGCCAUGCUACGAGGACUCCACGUCGCUGUACCCCCUGCCCGAGGGCUCCAGCUUCCCCGAGGAGUUCGGCCGCUGGCUGCACUGCUUCAUCCUGCCGGCCGUGUGGGCCGAGUUCGGCGCCGGCUGCGCGUGUAUCGUGCUGGACUGCCACAGCCUGGGCGCCACGGGGGCCAUCAUCGCGGCGUCGACGCACGCGACCGAACCGGAGGAGAAGCGUGGAUACCCGCUGGGCGGGAUGAUCAUCUCGGGGUUUGGCAGCAUGCUCGGCGAGCACGUCGGCAAGCUCGACUCGCCGGACCCGCCGCCCAAGGAGGUCGUCUUUCCGCCACAGAUGAAGGACAACAUGAUGAUCCCGCCCGGCACGGCCGACCCGGAGAUCUACAAGCAGGGCGAGCGGCUGAACAAGCCCAUGCCGUUCGACGAGCGGGCGACACUGUUCACCUUGUGGCUGCCCACUAGGUGGAAGAUCUGGGCGGCCGACGUCAAGUGUGCAGUCAUGAUUGGGGUCGCUGAGAGAGACGCCCUGUGGAAAGGCACAGAGGAACACGUCAAGGACUUUACGGCUGCCUUUCCCAACAGCGUGCGAGUCGACGGCAGCCUUAUCAAAGGCGGUGAUGAAGGUGGUCAUUGA